AUGACGAUAAGGAAAUUUAAUUUGAUGACAUCUGACUGCAAGAAUCAAUGGCAAUGCAACAAAUGCUUAAAUAAACAUACAUUACCUACAAAAUCAUGUAAAAUUAAUCCCAUUUUUAUAAGUACUCCUAAAGCAAACACAUCACAAGCAUAUACGAGUACAGCACAAGAAAAUUCUAAUAUUAUGACAGACAACAUAACUCUUAGAAAGCAAUUUACUAGGGAAAAUGAAUACGAACCUAUAAUUAAUGACGUAAAAGGUCACUCAUUACUAGAAGAAAAUAAUAAUUCUUUGGAGGAUAUUUCGUUAUCUCCCAGAAGAAGCGUUCCUGAUCUUUCUACUCGUGACUAUGACGACGAAUAUAUUCAAUUAAAGCAAAAAAUUGAGGAAUUGAAUAGUAAACUUGCCAGUGCACAUACAGAAAUAGAAAACUUGCACAUGGAAAAGAAUGUAUUACAAAAAGAAGUCCAUGAGCAAAAAAAUCGAAUUCAGCACUUAACUGCCAUAUGUUCACGGAGUGUCAGAAAGCGCAAGUCAAAAAUAAAAGGAGACUCAACAUUUAUGCGACAAAACAAAUCCCUUGACGAUUCCUCAAUACAAACAAGCUACUGCCCUGAUUUUGCAAUACAAGCUAAAACUAAGGAAAGCGAUAAGGCUACAAUUGUAAAGAUGCAUUCUGUAUAUUCAUUUAACCGAAGCGACAGUGAAAUCCUUCAAGAAUUGUUGAAAGUUUUCAGUUCGGGUCGAGGUACGGCACGGGAGCAAUGGAGUAUGCAAGCUGACAUUUCAGUUGAACCUGUUGGUUGGGAUGCACUAUGGAAAUUAUCAAAAGAAUAUUGCAAAACGUUUGAAGUAAGAUUUCCAUGUGUUGCAUAUGUAACUGUUACAUCUGUUGAUUAUGAAGAACUGGCAGCUUGUGUGGAUGUUCUAAGUGUACAACAUGCAGCUGUAACUUUACCACAGAGAGUUGUAGAUGUUCCAUUAAUACAACUCUGGCCUACUCUCAAACAGCGCGAGGAAUGUGUUAAUGCAGCUUCUACUGCAGAAUUUAUUGAUCUUUUAAGAUUCUUUUAUCAAAAUAUAUGGAUGCCUUGGGAUGAUCAAGAUGAUAAAGUUGUGCUACCAAACACAAUAGAAGAUCGGAUGAGCCUCUGGAGGGAUAUUCAUAAUGGAACAAUACCAAACUGUGUGGCUCGAUCUAUAGUCCUGUUAAGAAACAGUGCCAUCAAUGCUUAUGAAAAACUAAAAGAGCUUGAUUCUUCUCUUUGUGAUGGAAUAUUAGCAGAUGAUGAUGAUUCACUGCUUCCUCCAAACUACCUGUCAGUAUGUGCUGAGAUGAAUGCGCGCUUAGAUGGUCUGAUGUCUAAGUGGACCCUUUAUGAAAACCCAUUGAUUAGAGAACAAUACUUAACUAAAACAAAAAAUAAAUGGCUGAAAAAUAAGAGUAAAAAGAAUGUUGUUGCACUCUGGCAAGGGGGCUCAGUUUCUGAAUUUGAUGAAAUAUCAAAAUUCCUUCACUCAUAUCUUACUAAAGAGCAUAAUCUGACGGUUGUGGUUUCUGCUGAAGAUGGCCUCACCUUAGAACCGGAUGAAGUAGUAGUCUGUAGUCAGCAAUAUGAGCUGCCAGAGAUGCCAUUAUCACAAAUCUCCAUCUGCAGUUUUAAUGGUGCUACACUUAGGGCAACGGACAUGAGAUCUUGUUUGUUAAUGCUCAGUGAAGAUUGUAGAAUACAAAAUUUAACUCUUCACUGCUCACAAGUGAGCACAAUCAUUGUAAUGAGAACAGGAACACUCCAUAUUAAAAACUGCAUGUUUGCCGAUGAGUCAAAGAGUUCUCAGAGUGAUUUUGCGCAAGGCAUUGUGGCGAUGGCUGGAGCAAAGGUCGUCAUUGAAGACUGUACAUUUGAAAACUUUUAUUCUGGAAUUGUGAUUCACAGAGGUGCACAGAUGGAGCUAAGUAAAUGUAUAUUGCGGAAGUGUGGGGUAGGAAUUCAGAUGUAUUCGGGUGCGCACGUAAAAUUGGACAGCACAGUUAUAGCAAACUGUUCUGAGCAGUGCAUUCGGUGUGAAGUCGACGUUGAUGGUUCUGACAAGAUGAACGAGAUGGAAGGAUUACAGGUGAUGUCGAAUUGCAAGAUUGGAUCUGGUAAUCUACAAAAGGAGGUUUUAAUCGUCCAGCAAAAUGUUUACUUAGCUUAA